ACAAAAAGUUGAAGAAUAUCUGUCAAGAAAAAAGACCUUUUCUGGUGUGUGCAUUCAAGAAAACCAGGCAUCUUUCAGCAGUAACAGAACUGGAAAAGUAACUAGCAGAAAACUGCAAGACAAAAUACAGACCUUAAAAUCUGCAAGGUCAAAAAUGGGAGAUGCAGAGAAUGCUGAUAAUCUUUCAUUGGAUCAAUCAAGCAGAACCUUAGAAGAAAAUGUUCCUAUAAAGUCUUCUACAAUCACUCUGGCACAUUCUGCAGUGGGGACAAACUAUAAUCCUGAUGUUCCUUCCAAGGAUGAAGUCACUGAAAUAAAAUCUCAGCAUGGGUCACUUAGCCAGUCUUUCCUGCAUGUCAGGAGCAUAAAAGAGAAGCAACUAAUUGCAGAAAAACAAAAUUCAAAUAUUAGCCUACUAAAGAAACCUGUGCUUGGUACAUAUCGUGGCAAAGUUAUUCAAUCAAAAAUAAAUUCCUUCCGAAACGCACCAAAAAGUGAGGUGGGGGAGAGGUCCCUGACAGACAAGAAGCCUCUUGUUUCUGCCACUAAACCAUCUGUAAGAUCUUUUUCCAGAAGCAAUUGCAAUGUAGUUAUGAAGACCAUCAAAGUCACAAACUCCCCUAAUUCUGGAAAACCAAAAGGUGUCCUCCCAUUCCAGAUAGCAGUCCAGAAGAUGGUUGAUAGAAGAGGCUCAGUGCCACAGAGGUCUGGGUCAAACAACACUGACCACAAAACAUCAGUGGUGAAAAAAGAUUCUUGCGGAGAUGCGAGACCAGGAGCUACAGGAAAAGCAACUUCUGCUCUUCCUGUUACCAAGUCAGGACAGAAUUCUAGAGCUAUUGGCAACAGCAAAUCUCUUCUGCCAAAAGAGUCAGCAGAAGAGAGAAGAGUUCGCCUGGCUGAAUGGAGGGCAACCAGAGGGAGAGUGAUGAAGAGGCCACCUCUGUCGGUAACCCUGGGAACCCAGUCUAAAAGUGAAUCACAGGAGCCCUCUUCCUCUGAAGGGUCUUCAGAGCAUUUGUUACAUGAUGAAAAAGUCAACAAGACUCUCUCAGAAUGUCUGCAGUUAACUGAACAGGGAUGUCAAAGGGAUGAAGUAGAUGCCAUGUUGGAAGACCUGAUAAAGAAUAUUCCUGGGGCUAAAAAACUUGCAAAAUACUGGAUCUGCUGUAUGCGUCUUGAACAGAUGGGCCCUAUUGAAAAGCUCAUUGAGGUCUAUGAGGAAGCCAUUUUGGCAGGAGCAAUGCCAAAAGAUGAACUACGGUGCUCACUGAUAGAUGUUAUGAAAAAUACUGAAAACCUGUUGAAGUCUGAGGAUGGGGGAGCUGUGAUAGAAGCUCAUUUAAGGGAGGUGGCAGAAGUCAGCAAGGAAGCCAGCUCAUCUGCAGAGCAAGUUCAGGAGGUCUUAAAGGAGCUCAACUCAAAUGAGGACCAGAAAACAGAGGGAGAUAGGAAGGCAGAGACUAGCAAUGAAGUGAUCAAAAAUGAAGAAAUGGAUUUAGACUUGAAGACAAGAAAGGAGAUCUUGCCAAAAAAGAAUAAAAAGCACAAAACAAAAGAUCGUACAAAGAAGUCAGGAAAAUGGGAAGCAGAAGAGCAGAGUGAAGACAGGGUAAAAGAUGAGAUGCAAGCACUUAAUUCUCCUGGCAAGGAAAAUGAUGCAUUUUACUUAAUGAAAUACAAUCAACCUACAACUCCAUACUUAGAAAGUGUGAAGAUGCGCCAUGAGGCAAAUGACUCCAGUGCUAAAGACCUGAAAAUUGCAACCCCUUUACGAUAUUCUCAACGUCUACGGGAGAAGAUGUGCAAGUUGCCAGACAAGGAUCACAAUCUCUGUGCCCCUUCACUUGAACAGCUGGGGGAACUGGGAUCAAAACCCACUGCAUGUAUCUCCAAGCAGAACAGUACACUUGAAGAAACAAGUGCUGAUGUUGAGGAGUAA